AUGUCGCUGGGCCGGUGGCAGAGACCACAGAUAACAGUGGGCUCAGCAUUUGUCCUUAAGAACAGGUGUCAGACCCUGGCAUGGAGCUCAGGGACAGAGACUGCCCUCAGCGCGUUUACAGCUGUGCAGCCGCGAACUACUUGUAAACCAACAGUAAAAUUGGCUCUAAUUGACACUUCUCGUAUAGUGGUGAUGGGUGAGUUGGAAACAUUGAACUUGAUUGCACUUUCAACACAAGUCUGCAAAGAUAGCAAUUCGAAAUCCAUUCCCUGGGACAGCGAGAAAAAGGAAGUAGUCGAGGACAAUAUAAAAGGGCUAGAAAGUGAAGAGCACAGACUGACAGAGGAAAGAGAAGACAGUAAAAUGGAAAAAAAUAAUGAAAUCUUUAGAAACUACCUAAGUACCUUCACAUCUUCAGCACAAACCUGUGAUCUUACUGAUGUGAAUCCUUCUGUUAGUGAUUCAGAAGAAGUGCAAAAAUCUAGAUACUGGAUGAACAAAGAAUUUCUAGCCAAAGGGAAUGGUGAAAAUAAAGAGGAAGUAGCUUGAUUUAUUAAAGCCCCUGCAACUGUUCUGGAGAAUCUGAAGUGUAAUAUACUCAAUGACACUAGUUCCUUGGUGGUGGAUGAUUCUGAGGAGCUGGUCAGCAAUGUCAUCAGUAUUGAAUGCUAUGACUAUGUAAAACUACUUUUCCCUAUCAACAUUGCAAUCCCAUUUACAUCAUACCUCAGAGGAAAUUAUCAGGAGAUUAUGGUGAAGGUGACUGAUAUGAACUUUCAGUCAAACUAUUUAAAUCCUAUUUCUUUGCAAGGAUACCAAGGAAACCAUAAGGAAAGCUUUGCAGAAGUGAAAAUUUAUCAUCUGGGUGUUUUUUCUGUGUUAUCAUGCUUAAAGAAGGACAUAUUUACUGUUCCAAAGGUAGGACUCUUACAAAAACUGAAUGUGGAUUCUAGAAUCCCUUUCUGUUACCAUCCAGAAGCAUUCAGUUCUCCAGCACCUAUGCAGUUAAAGGUAAGCUUGAAAUAUGUGAUACAUCCAAUUGAGCCAUCAUUGGUUUCAGCACUGAAAGCAAGACAUGAUAUGUAUCACUUAGUGAUAUCUACUAGUGCACUGGUUCAUGUCCAGCAUCCUUCAGCCCAACCUUUUAACAGCUCAGUCACUAUUACACUACCCUGUCCUCCAAACCCACAAAAAAAAAGGCAAGGAGAUGAGAUAGAACAUGCAAGAACCGUUAGUGUUACAGUAAAGAGGGUUGCUGCACCAUACUGUCCUUAGGCUGUGAGCACUUCUGUGAAAAAAAGUGGGGACAGUCUCAGUGAUACUUUGAAUUUCUUAGGUCAUGGAAACAAAGAGGGGUGGAAGGUAUUUGAUGAUGUUAUAAUCCAGAAUGCAGAGAAUGGGCUUGUAUCUUUUGAAGUAAAUGAGCAUUUAGAAAGAUUUGUGGUCAUUCACCUUUCAUUCUCUUUGGAAAACAUAAAUCUUCUCCUCUUUGCUCAGGCUCUGGUAGAGGUCUGUAGCACCAUGGCUAAUGUGAUAAUGUAUCAGAAAAGAGAAAACCCAUAUAAAAUAGUAGUUUUGUUAUCUGCCUCCAAAUAAUUGACCAAUGAACUUCGAAAUCUCCAUGAGGAGGGUUAUUUUGGUCUCCCAGAAUCUACACAGCAGUUCCCAUUAAGACAAGGAGAGCAGAUACAUUUUAGAUUUAGAGGAAAUAUUUCUGCUUCAGAGAAUGGAGAAGACUUUAGGAAAGUCUACAGACUGAUAUUUCAUUCACAAAGACAACCAAGGAUGGAGCUCCAAAUUGAAGAAGUGCAUGAAUUUGGUAACUAUAGUUCAUCUCAUUACAAAGGAACAGCAGUGUUCUAUAAAAUUACCAGAGAGAUGAUACCAAAGAAAUGGGAACAAACCUUACCAUCUGAUGAAUACCAACACCAGUCUCCACUGUGCAAACUAGCACUAACAUUGCCAAAAAAAUCUGCUUUGACUGCUAAGAGCAUUUUACUUAAGCUGUCAACCAGAACAGCAGGACCACAUGCCAGUGCAGCUGAACCAGGCCCAAUGGACAUCUUGCUGUUUUGGCUUGCAGAAGAGCUUGCAGAAGAUAAUACAUCAUUGUUUGUUUUAUGUUUACCUGUUCGACGGAGCGUACUUCAGCUUGUUAGGCUGAAGUGCCCUGAUAAUUUAACACGCCAGAUCUAUGAGCUGCUUUGCUGUUGGAAAAAGACCCUUCCAAAGUCGGCUGAUAAACAGCAGCUCCUGGCUCGCUAUUUGCGGAAGAGUGGCAGAAGUGAUCUUUCAGAAGAACUUCAUUUAAAGUGGCAGAAUAAAGUGUUCACUUGA